AUGGCCCCCAGCCACUCUGGCCCUCAGAUCUUCGACGAUGCGAAUCGAGCCCCAACCCGAUCGUCGAUGUUUCGGGCUAUCAUGUCUUCCAAAGCACACAAAAGAAACCAGUCUGCCGAUGAUGCGGUGGCCCCGAGGUCCCUCCACCAGGGCAAACCCUCGAAGACCAUUCCUUUCCCCUUUGGAGAGGAGUCAGGCCCUAUUCCUGCCCAUCUUCCACUAGGCGAGAUCAUCCCAAACAGUGACGCAGGCGACAAAGGCAUGUCAACUUCCAAGUCUGGAGCUAAGGAGGAGAAGGGGACAAUGCACAAAAAGACGAAGAGUGCAGUGUCCCUCAAGUCACUGAGGAGCUACAUGGAGCGGAAGGAUGCCAAAUCAGAGGAAUCGUCUCCAGAGGAUUCCGAAUGGAAGCCCAAGAAGACCAAGUCCGCCAAUAGCCUGUCGGCCAUUCUGAAACGAUCUCAACGGGGACGCAAGGCGGGCCCGACUAAAGAAAGUCGAGACAAGGAAAACCGCAGUCCGACCGAUCUGGUCGACAAUAUGCCAUCCCCGGUUUGGUCGGACUACCAACAGCCAAUUACUCGGUCGAGGCAGAGCUCGACUGCAGACAGACAACGGACUGUCGCCGAGGAAGUCUCCCUCUAUACUCCCAAGGGCUACAGUCCCGCCCAACAGCGCAACUUCUACGAUUACCACCAACCAUCUCUUGCCAAACCCGGCGACACAAGGCCGCGCCCCAAGUCAGACUGCCUCACAGGCAACCGGAAGAUGAAAGAUCUGCUUGGUCCUCUGCAGCGUGCCCCGUCAGGUGGGAGCGAAACCGUUGAACGCGUCGAUAGCGCCUGUUCCAAAGAACGAAGCCUGGACAGAGCGCGGAAAUUAUCUACCCCAGGAUCUCGGCCGCCGACGGCAAAGGAAGAGCCCAACCAGAAGAGGUUAUCUCGGGUGCAAGCUGCUAUCUCGGUGUUCAAUGCCAAGGAGCGAGAGGCCGAUGUGCACCAGCACCUGAAUUCCAAGGAUCUUGAGAGCGAGUUUGAGAAGUUACUGGAUGCGAGGAACAUUCCCCAUAAUAUGAGAGACAAGAUGCGAUCUCUGGAUACCAAUAUCAAGGCCGACUUCAUUCAGAAGGAUCGGACCGAAAACACCACACCUCACAGUGCGGGCACUUCUGACAGCCGCCGAGGACGUGGCAAAGAGUCCAAGGAGGACCGCCAAUCUCAGGAUCGCAAGAGCUCCCACUCGCGCUCCAGGAGUCGUGGGUUCUCGUUCAACAAAGGCUCCGCGUCGCCGACUAAAAAGUCACGCCCGGAUAGUGCGAGUUCACACCGUCGCCCAAGAUCGGUGGAUCUCUCCCAACCUGUUGGUGUCUAUACGACCCUUGCGCCAGCGGGAUCUACGACCUCCCUUUCCGAGGCAGCUGUUGUGGAUACUGCAUCGGAUCCAUCCGACUUUGUGCAUUAUUUGAGAGAGAUCCAAAAGCCCGAAAUGGUGGAAGUGGGCAAAGUGCACAAACUGCGUCUUCUCCUUAGAAACGAAACCGUUAGUUGGGUUGACGGGUUCAUCGCCGAGGGCGGUAUGGAUGAAAUCGUGCAGCUCCUUUACCGGAUCAUGAAGAUGGAGUGGCGGGAGGACCAUGAGGACACGCUCCUCCAUGAGGCCUUACUGUGUCUCAAAGCUCUCUGCACCACCUCGGUGGCUCUCGCACAUCUGACAGCCAUUGAGGGCGAGCUCUUCCCGGCUCUGCUGAAGAUGCUGUUCGAUGACGAUAAGAAAGGACCCAGCGAAUUCACGACGCGGGGUAUUAUUGUCAAUCUGCUCUUCACCCAUCUCUCUGCGGCUACAUCCGGCGAGAUGGCUGCUAAGCGUGCCGAAUGCAUUCUCUCCUAUCUGCGAGACCCCUCUCCGAUGGAGGACAGCCAGCCGGUGUCUUUCAUCGCCAAUAUAUAUCAGUCCCGACCAUACCGGGUGUGGUGCAAGGAAGUGACCAAUGUGACCAAAGAGGUCGGACGACUCUUUCACGGAAAAGCCGGUGGAUUCGCGUCCCUUCAACCAGCGACACUUCCCCCGCCCCGUCCGCCGGUGCCCGCUGCCCCGUAUGUCGGGGGUGUCGAAUGGGAUGCGACCAACUAUCUUGCCGCGCAUUUGGACCUCUUGAAUGGGCUCAUUGCCUCCCUGCCCACUGCCGACGAGCGCAACCAGCUUCGGUCCGAACUGCGCGCCUCUGGUUUUGAAAAGGUCAUGGGUUGCAGCCUGCGUACUUGCAAAGAGAAGUUCUACUUCUCUGUGCAUGAUUGCUUGCGCAUUUGGGUAGCUGCUGCAGUCGACGAUGGCUGGGCUUACACUCUCGUCCGCGAAGGCCCGCCUCGCGGCGGUGAGCCCGGGUCUCCCUGCAAAUCUCCCAAGAAGGUGCCGGGGAGUCCCAAGAAGGGGCUCGUCGACGAGAAGCCCCCUAAGUUGGAGCUGGCUCUUGGUGUGUCGGACAACCGUCCUGCCGGCCCGACGACCCCGUCCAGCGACUUGCGCAGCUGGCUUUGA